AACUAGUCACUUGUCGGUGGCUGUAACUUCUCAGUAAUUAUGAUAUUGAAAAUAGAUGCAUUUUAAACCAACCCAUGAUUUUUUUAAAAUGCAUGUAAAAGUCAAGGAAAUCUAAAUGUAAACGUUAGAAGUUAGGCUGUUAUGUGGGCGCGACUCGCAGGGGCUAUCACUUUGCUAUAUUAAUUGAGAUGACAUAUGCUAAUCAAUCUACAAGCUGAAGCCUGCGUUUCUCUUCUCUUUCGCCCCUUGGAUCUGGGAUCCGGUGACAAACAUGACGCCUGAUCUCCUUAACUUCAAGAAGGGAUGGAUGUCGAAGCUAGAUGACGAUGGAGAGUGGCGGAAGCACUGGUUCGUGUUGACGGACGCCAGCCUGAGGUACUACAGGGAUGCCAGAGCAGAGGAGAAGGAAGAUCUGGACGGGGAGAUUGACCUGAGGUCCUGUGUGGAGGUGUCCGAGUUUGAUGUGGAGAAGAACUAUGGUUUUCAGAUCCAGACCCAGGGGGCUGCGUUCACCCUGUCUGCCAUGACAUCGGGGAUCAGGAGGAACUGGCUGGAGGUUCUGAGGAAGAACGUCCUUCCCAGCAGCUCGCCCGACAUCAUGCAGCUGUCAGACAGCAGGACUGACAAGAUCCACACGUCUUGUCCCCUUUUGCCUGGUCAGCUUCCCUCUCAGCACGGUCACAGGGACUCAGGCUCUGAGGUCAUGGCCCCCACCCCGCAUCAGCUAGACUACGUGGAGCUUGCACCGGUGAUGGACACACAAGCCCCCACAAAGCCCAUCAGCACGCCCGAGACCAGAGAGGGCCUGGACAGGGAACAGGCCCGAAGACUGGAAGACAGGGCCCGGUGGUUCCAGGCUGGGGUUCCUGCCAAGGAGCCGCCACCUGGCAGCAGUCUGUGGGAUGCUGUGCACCUGAAGAAGGGCACAGGCUCCGCCUCCAGCUUGGAAGAGACGCUUGAGAGGAAGUGGGUGGAGUUUGAAAGACUGCCCCUGCGAGAGAUGAGGUCGCUGCCCCCAAUUGGAUCCUGUGGUAGCCGGCCUGCCAAUGAAGUGCUGUUGAAGGAGGUGGCCUUGCUGAAGGCUCAGGUGGAGCAGCUACAGAAGGUGAGGUUUGCAAGAGAAGGUGGGAAGUGUGGUCUAGAGGCCCCCUGUGGCCGUAGCCUGGAGGCAAUGGAGAAAGCGCACGGGGGGGCCCUGGAGGAGCUACAGAGGCGGCAUGAACGGCAGGUGAGGGAGCUGGAAGUGGAGCGUGACCGGCUGCUUCGGGAAGAGGCCCAGGCCACGGUGCAGGCUAUGGAGGUGCUGAAGACGGCCCUGAGGGUGGAGCUGGAGGAGGAAGUGGCGAGAGCGAGGCGGCUGGGUGGAGGGACGGCCGAGUUGCAGGCCAUGCCGCAGACGCAGUCUGAGCGGCAGGCCCAGCAGAGGGAGCUGGACAGCCUGUCCGAGCGGUACUCUCAGAAGUGCCUGGAGCUGAGGAGGGCGGAGGAGAGACACAGGGAGAUGGAGAGAGAGGCGAGCCGAAAGGAGACGGAGCUGGAGCAGCUGAAGAAGGAGAAUCGGGAUCUGCAGUCUCAUAUGAUGAAGGAGAUAAGCCACUUGCGCUCAAGCUCUGAGUGUGAGGGCUCAGACCGCGUCCUGCAUGACGGCCACGAGUGCAGUUCCUGCGAGUUGGAGGUGCUGCUCCGAGUGAAGGAGAACGAGGUCCAGUAUCUGCAUAAGGAGAUCGGCUGCUUGAGGGACGAGCUGCUCUCCCUCAGCAAGGAAAAGCGCUUGGCGUACGAGCGGUGUAAGGAGGCCAAUGUGGAGCUGAACGCGGCCAAGAGCCGCAGCGAGCGGGAGCUUGAGGCCCUGCGUGAGCACCUGAGGCUGGCGAUGGCCGCCCUGCGGGAAGGCCAGGAGCUGGGGAACAGCAUGUCCCACUGAGACGUUGCAGCCAGGUUGGAGAGGGAGGCUGGUCGGCCCAACCCCCUUACCCAACUCCCCCUAGGAGAGAGAAGCUCUGUGGCCAUUGCCAUUCUGACAGUCAUGUUGGCUUGUCUUCAAAAAGCUUCAUUUUUAGGGGCUCCAACGUGCUCAACGCUGCCCAAUGCCGGUCAACCCAAUAGGUAACAUAGAGGGCGCUGGUUUAGCUAGCCAACUUCACUCUGUCUCGUACAGAGGGGGCUGCACUGGCAGUGAAGCUAUUCUAGAGUGCCACGUUGGCUUUGGCCGGCACUGACACUGCCUGUGGUGACACGGAGAUUGGCAGGAAGAGGAAGAUACCAGGACACGUGAUUCUGCAGCGAGGGAACGAGUUUCCUCCCCAAAGUACUGGCUCACUCUUUUGCAUUUCCUGUUGCACAUUUCAGAACUGGGCAGUAUCUUUUCAGAGGGACAAUAGAAGAACUUAAAUGCUAUACCACUGUAGUUGUGGCAAAAUACUGGAGUAUAAGGUCUAUUUAAACAAUUAUCACCCCAUUUCUCCCUUGGUACCCAAGGGCCCUAUGAAUGUGGAUAAAAAAAGAAUGGUGGUUUUCACUUACAUUUUCUCAUACUUCCUUUGAAAUCUUGCAUUUUCUUCUGUACUUCUACUUUUCACCUUCCCUUGUUUUGCAGUGUCUGCAGGCUAUUUUUCUAGAAUUUUUUUUCAGACUUCUUUAAGCAUGUAUGAAUGUCACUGACUGGGUCAUGGGCCAAAGUUGAUUAAAUCAGAUGGCUGUCCACAGAGUUGCAGUGUUCAGAAUUUCUGAGAUUGCUGUAUGUAAAAAUUCACAAAAACUACAAAUCCCCACUCUUGGGACUCCUUGGGCCAAACAGAGAAACACCCGCAAAUGUUUUAUGCUUGUUUAUACUACAUUUUGAAUCUGUACAUUGACAUGCACCAAUGUUAAUUUUGCUCAAACACUCUGUCAGGAGGAUCUAACUUUGAAAAACCUGGAAAAUGCUUUUGUUUGAACACUCAUUUUUCAUGGUGCUGCAAUAUUUUUGUGUUUGGGAGUCAAUGGGUCAGCGUUUCACCACUUGAGAAUCAGAUUUUGUAGCAAAUACUGGAUUAUCUUCUGUUUAUGAUGCAGGCUGUGAAAAUGUUACCAUUUUAACUUCUAAAGAGCCACUUGUCACAAGAUUAAGAAACUAAUUAAAGUGUUUUAAAUCAUUUUAAUGACAAUUUGACAUCAGACCUGUUUUUUUCAACGUUUUAUUUUUCAACUGAGUUUUACUUUCUUGUGACCAAUAAUAUAUUAAGUUUUUUUUAUAUUCAAUAAACUGGUGAAUCAUUUUUGCCACAUGUUCAGUACGUUACAGUUGCUAUAUUUUGACACACCAAUACAACAAAUGUUAAUAAACACUGAUGAUACUGCAUUACUUUCUGUUCUUCUGUUAAUAAAUGUGAGGUGUGAAUUCU